AUGAGGCUUUCGUUGGCCCUGGUGUGCCUUUCGGUGGUGGUUUUUGCAACCCACGAGGAGCACGAGUACUGCGAUAAGGUGUACCGAAUAAAUGGUAACUCGAUCGAUUUCCCGUGCGAUUCGACGAAAAACAUCUACAUCUCAACCCAGCGAUAUAUGCCAAAGAACGUGAUGCCGGUCCGGUUCCAGUACGAUGAUGUCCGGGCUAUACUGGCUCUGCCACGGCUGCGGACAGGUGUUCCGACCACGCUCGGUCAAUUUGAUCUCAGCAAACCGAACUGUUACGCGCACAUCAAGCCAUAUCCUUGCUGGGCUUACCAGGAGGAGGGAAACUGUAAUUCCCUGCAGUCGGUGAUCGAUCUUUAUGUCGAUGUUAAGCGAAUUCUGUGGGCUCUUGAUUGCGGUAUCACCAACUUCUUGGAGCAACCGAUCAAACGCUGUCCGCCGAAGCUAUACGCCUUUAAUCUGAGCAACGACAAGACAGUGAAAACGGUCGAUCUAUCCGAUAUCGUAAAGCCCAGCUCUCGGUUGCAAUAUCUCGUGACGGAUUAUAACGAAAAUGGCCAUCCGUUUGUUUACAUUUCCGACGGUGAUGGCGCCCUGAUUGUGGUUGAUGUUCAAGGCAACAAGAACUUCCGCGUGGUGCUUCCUCGCGCGAUCUCGGCGGGUUGUGGCGACUCGGACGUGCUCUACCUGCUGCUAGUACCGAAACCCAAGGGACAGAGUUUGGUCAUCUUUAGUUAUCUGUGCGGCCAGAAAGUGUACUCGAUCAAGUCGGAGCAUCUACGCAGCGGCAAAGGUUCUAGUGCGAUCGUUGAAAUGGGCACAAAACGCAAGCAUUCGGUCCUGCUAGGUACCGACGGGGGUAAGGGUGUAAUUCUGCGGUACCGCAGCGAGGCGGAACUGUACCUUUGGGAUACCGACCAGCCCUACAGGGAGUGCAACUUUGUGUUGGUUCAGAACGCUGACGAGUGCCGACUCUCGACGCAUGUCAGCGUGGGCAAGGACGAGCAUCUGUUGAGUUUGUCGUCGAAUUUGAGCGAUUUUUUGAACAACACUUGCGGUGUCGGUGGUGCAUCGACACGGCUUAAGUAUGUUUGCAAAGAGUGCGAUGACGAUUGUUACUAG